CAUUUGUACUAGCUGUUGAAAGACGUCGAAAAAUAGUGAAAAUAUACCAAUACAAAUUGACGAUUGACGAAGGACCUGACUCUGUGGUUAAAAUCUGUGGUUUUGAAUUUUUUUAAAGAACUAAAAUGAGACACAGUUGAUUGUGAUCCGUGUCGCAAUGGAAAGAACAGACAGUGCCAGCACUGGCAUGGCAUCUCUUGUGGAGAUGUAUGAGGAACAUUCGGAUGAAGAAAAUAGUCCGGAUGCCCCUUCUGCAGUUGACAAUAUUUCAGACGAAGAUGAAGUCGACAGGGAAUCAUCAUCUCAUAGUUCGAGACCGCCAUCAAGACCAAUAUUUGAAGACGAAAGUGCAGUAUCAUCACCUCUUUCUAUUCCUGCAAAACCUGCCUUAAAAAGAAAAACUACCAGACUGGUUUCAUAUGGCCCAGAUGUGGAUGAGGAGGAAGGAGAUAGUGAUGAGGACUCGACCCCAGAGGAGGAGGGGGAGGAGGAGGACACAGUAGGAUCGGAGGCCAUUAUCGUUGAUAAUGACAUUAAACCAGAAGAGCCUCUGGACGCUGAUCAAGCCUCAUCCCUAUCUCGCAGUGUACAAAACAAAACAGCAGAUGAAAUAGAACUUCCCGCAGAACCCCCAGGAAAGUGCUCCAAAGCUCUCCAGGAUAAAAUUUCCAAAUUGUACGACAAAAUGCAAAAUCAGGGAUUAAAUUUGAAUUACAUGAACAAUAACAUAAAGCAAAGGAAAAACUACCGCAAUCCCAGUAUUUAUGAGAAAUUAAUAGAAUUCUGUGCUAUAGAUGAGAAGGGAACUAACUAUCCCCCUGAAAUAUUUGAUCCUCAUCAGUGGGGAAAAGAAUCUUUUUAUGAUGCUCUGGACAAAGCACAGAAAACAGAGAUGGAGAAAAGAGAAAAAGAGAGAAAAGACAGAACGAAGAUAGAGUUUGUAACAGGGACAAAAAAAUCAAGUUCCGAUGGAGGACCAGAUGAAAAGAAGAGAAAAAGUAAGUGGGACUCUCUACCACAGGUAACAGGAACUAGGCCGGGGGUCGUAAACCCCCAAGUGGUAGUCUCUUCCCUCACAAUAACAGCGACCGGCACCAAGACAACAGUCAUUCCUGCCGUGGGCAAUAUCACAAAGAAAACAAAGUCCUGAUACGUCUUUAUUCCAAGAGCUGAAUUGUUGAGUCAAGGAAAACAUUAAAAAUAAAACACAGUGAAUAAAUGAGUGUCAUCAGCAGUGAGCUGCAGGGUGAAGAAUAUGACCAGUUUUGAUACUUUAGAUUUAUUUUUGUUUCGUUUCGGAAAUCUGAAGUUAACAGAACAUUUCAUUUCUAAUUCUGGACUGUCAGGAUGGUGAAACUGUGUAAAAUAAUUGUGGUCAUUCAUGCAACUUUAAUUAUCAACAUGAUUUCAUAUUAAAAUUUCAUCACGUCACUGUCUGAAUUUGAUUGCUGGACAUCUGGUAGUAACUGAAAAAAGUGCCGACAUUGAAAAUGAAGUGAAUUAUCACGUAAAUUAUAUCAUAUCACUCAAACUUCUUGAUUCCACUCAAGUAUUGGUCUUUAUCAGUGAAUCCUUCUCAUGUGGAAUAUGGAAUAAAAUUUAUAUUAUUGCUGCA